AACGCUUGCAAGAUAUUGAAAAGUUUGCUAAUGAUCAAUUGAAAAUAAAUCAAAAAUGGGUUGAUCAAGCCAAGGCUUUAUAUUCAAAAUAUAGAGAUGAUACCGAUAAAGAAGCAACGUAUUUGUUAAGGGCUGGGAAUAACGUUGAUGCUCAUAAAAUAGUCAUAUCAAAAAUUGCACCAGAAAGUAUUUUACAUAAAAGACAUAAAAAAUUGCAAGAAUUACUCGAAAAAAUUGACCCAAAUUUCGUCCCUGAUUGGGAUUUGGGUGGCAAG